AUGAGUAGAAGCAUCCGGGACUACAUCGCCGAGAGGCCAGGGGCCGGGGGCUAUCGGCGCCCGACAUUCCACCCAACCGGUGCCCUCCUCCGUCCACACCCGGCCCUCCUGCCAUCGUAUGACUAUGAGAGUCCGCCGUACUACCCGCACCCAUACACGGCCCGCCACGAGGACGAUGAAGAACGCAGCCGACAUCUACAUCGUGGCCGUCGCGAAGAACGCCGCCCAAGGUCUCCCUCUCCCUCCAUACCCAGUACUCCCCUAAGGCGCUCUCGAAGCCGUGCCAGCCCAGCCAACGCGGCUACAAGGAUCGACGCCAGGACCAGUACCGAGUUGAAGCUCGCGCUUGCGGCCAGGGACUUAGCCGAUCAGAUCGACGAGAGCAAGAGAUUUUGGGCCACGUUUCACGAACACUUCGAAAAGGAGGUGAUGGGAAUUCGGUACUAUGUCAGCGACGAUAUCCUCCAACAGAUAUGGCGGGAGAAAAUCCGAUACAACAGCCGUCACAAGAGCGGCGAGUCCCCAGACGACGACCAAUUCGGGUUUCAGCAGGUGAAGGUAGAAACAUACUUGCACCAAGUCAAAAAGACAGGGAAAGUAUUGAUUCGGUCACAGCCACUCGUUGAUAGCUCUGACCAGGACCCUCAGAAUCUACGUCUCACCCUGGAUAAGAUCCGCAACACGGGAGCCCGCGUUCUCGACCUCGCUGAUAGGUCAGCAACCAACCGUACCGCGUACGUAGAUUUGAUGAAGGAGGCAUCCAAUCUCGAGAAGCUAGUCGAUCCGAGAAGUCCAGAUGCCAAAGUGCUACACCAGUUCGAUAGGCGGGAGACUAGAAAGAUCGCCUCCAGGGGUGAGAGGGGAGCUCCGACCCCAAAGGAGCCAGCGACCCCGGCGGCGAAGGGCAGACUAGAUAUCGUAGUGGUAGAAGAAGAAGACAAGAAGGGUAGAGAUGGCUCGACUCAGGCUACCUAG